GCCUGGUUGUCAGCCUUUCAUGUCAGGCUGAGUCAAGGCUUUUAUCGCCCUCCCCAUAUUCAGCUGGAGGCCCCUCACUGUCGCGGGUGGGUGAGGUGCAGCGUGCCGGUGAGCUACUAUUGCUUUUCUCACAGGCAGCAGUUUGCCUAUCGUUACUGAUCGUUCGCCUACCCUGACCGACCAAUAAUCGCAAGGGACUAGGCGUUCUACGAGGCGGAGUCCGAGAAGUAUUAGCCCUUUGGAGCUUGGAGGACCUCCCGUGUGAUCGUGUGGCUAGUAUUACCUGCACGCUGGCUAAUCAAUAUCUUGAGUGGCUGACAGGCAUGAUGGGGCCGUGACCAAGCACAGCCUCAGGUUCGCGGCCCCCAAAAGUGCGUGAUAAGGCUACAUGUGCGAACUUGUAGCACGUUCGUCAACAAGAGUCAACCCUGAUCACCACUCGCGCUUCCAAUUGUUCUCGCAUCAUGACACCGCUUAAUCGCUGCAACCCGCUGUCACCUACAUCAUCGGUGAACAACACUAGCUCCCUUCCAUCGCCGUUGAGUCUCAACCCUGGAGAAAUUCGCUAUCCUCAAGAUGAUCAGCAUGAAGCGAAACUGCAACAAUGCUGGGACAAGUCAAUCGCGAAGCAUCUGGAUCUGCCAGAUGGAUACCGCAAUGUACAGGUUUUGGUAAUUAAAUGGCAAGACGCGAUAGACCAGCUGGACGUGCGGCAAGAGGUCGAUGACCUGACGAACGUCUUCCAAAAGGUCUUCAAUUACGAAGUGACCGAGCUACAACUAGAAGAGAAGAACCCACAGCUCCAGCUUGAGCUUGAGAUAUAUCGCUGGGUGUAUGAGCACGAUGAUCCCAACAACCUACUCGUAGUAUACUACGCCGGUCAUGGUGUCUACGAUAAGGCUCUCAAGGUCCUUGAGUUCUCACCGACUGAUGAUGUGGAAAAUGACCUUCGAGCAAUCUGGAACGAUGCCGAGAGGACCCUGAUCGAGAAAGUAAAGGCCAACGUUCUCACCAUCAUGGACUGCUGCUACGCCAGCGACCUUCUCCGCAAUGUACCCGAGCACGGUCGAACAUUCGAGAUGAUAGCCGCUUCGGGUAUCGGUGCGCCCACCCCUGAGCCCGGCGAGAACUCUUUUACUCGCUGCCUCAUCAAACACCUGAAGGAGUUAGCCGUGGAGAGCUCUGGUUGCUAUGGCAGUUACUUUGACACCCACGAUCUUGUCCAGCGCAUGGCAAAGGAACGCUUUGACUCACCCCCGAGACUAUGGCGGCGCAUCCCAGGGAGUAGUCGACACAUUGAGUUGAGAAAGCUCAAGCCAAAGAGUCAGCGUCCGGCGCAGAAAUCUAGCAUAUCGUCCCACGCACGCUUUCUGCAUCUGGGGUUUGCGCUGAAGAAUGAGACCAUUGACGAGGUGCAGAUCCAAUCCUUAACGAAGGACCUUCCAGCCUUAUUCUCGAAACAAGGGCUACCGUUAGUCAACAUCAAAUGGCUGGGGUGUAGGAAAGAGGGCAAACCGACGCUGAAGGAUAUCGCGCACUUCGUAUCGAAGAAUCGGAGAGAGCUUUCCGCAAUUACGCCACCUUCCUCAGAGAAGAAGAGGAGUGCUGAUGAGAUGGAUUUGAAUGAGUCUACGUCUAAUCGACGGUGGUUUAAGCAACCAAUGUUAAACACAUAUACCUCUUAUAUAUUAUAUUACAUAAAUAAUAUUACUCCAGUACUAGUAUAGUACUAUUAUACUAUAUUA